UACCAUACCAUAUAACUGUCAAGAUUUGCUUAGGAAAAAAAAAACAAAAAUUCUGUUUUCUAAUGCACAAUUAAUAUAUGGCUGCUGAAGAAGUACUACUCCUCAAGCUCUUUGAUACUUACUGGUUUGAACAAGAAAUAUUAUUUACCAACACACAUAAAUUCAAGAAACUAUUUCAAGAAAAUCCUCAUGAAAUUCAAGAAUCAUCAAAUCUCUUAGGUCGAUCACAAAGUGAUUACUCUUCAAAAAUAUCCUCAGAUGCAUGUCAGAUACUUCUAAAGCAGAACAUUUUUGAAGGAUCAGAUACAAGUCCGAGUUUUAGUAGUCAACUUGGGAACUCUCCAACUUCUGUUAUUAUCACACAUAACAGAGUUGCACAAGAAGUAAAAAUGAAGGCUAGAAAAGGAGUUAAGGGAAUUAUUCGAAUUCGGAGAAGCUCAUCGGAGCUUGAACUUGAGGAAUUAAAGGGGUUUAUGGAUUUGGGAUUUGAGUUUAGUGAAGAAGAUAAGAAUUCAAGUUUGGUUACAAUUGUUCCUGGAUUGGAGAAAUGGGGAAUUGUUGAUGAAAAAGUUGAAAAUAAAAAGAAGGAUAUUGUUCAUAAAAGGCCUUAUCUUUCUGAAGCAUGGGAGAUUCUUGAAAAAAGAAAAAUGAGUAAGAAAUUGUUGAAAUGGAGAUUUCCAUCUAUGCACAAUGAUAUGAAUAUGAAACAUAAUCUUAGAUUUUGGGCUCAAACUGUUGCAUCAACUUUCAAAUGAAAAAAAAAUCAUAAACAUUGUUUGUGCUUCUUUCUAUGAUUUCAUCAUUUGCUUCUUUGUGUUUGUUUGUAGUUUGCUUCACAAUUUGUGGCCUAAUUUGGCUUGUUGCAAAUGUAAAUAUAGCUUGAUUCUUUCAUCAAAUUUUCUUGUCCAAAGAUUCUAUAUAGACUACUCAAGUCUUGUAUAAUUGUGGUGUAUAUGGU